UUACUGCUGUCUGCACGUAUGCCGACCGGCAUCUCUUUGUUUACGACAAUGUUUACGUGAAAAAUGAGGGACAGAUUGUUUUAAGUCUUUUGUUGUGAAACUCAGUGAAAAGUUGUGCACUGUAUUGUCUGGUGAAAUCACGCAUUUGAUGAUGGGGACGACAAAACCGUUAAUUUGAGUUGUUAUUGUGGACUCACUAAUACAACACCUGAGUGUAUACGAGUGCUUUCCUUAAUUAAUCGAAAAUUGUGGAUGAGUGUUAACCAUAACUGAAAAUUAUCCGCUGUAAACAACAACGGUAUAUUUUUUCGACAACGUGAGGCUUAAAAUGGCGGAAGACAAUGGCGAGGACAAUGCAGGCUUCAAUUCCGAGAAUCAACAAACACGGUGACGAUCGUGAGAUGCGUCUCACGGUGCGUCUGUUUUGUGUAUCCAAUCCGUGGAAAUUCGCGUUGAUGAGUCGGUUAUAAGUGAAAAUUGUCGUGUGCGGAUAGUGUUGAUAUAUUCUCUCGGACAUAUCCAGUGGUCUAGAACGAGAGGAUAAUGCCGGUUACAGUUGAGUUGAUGACUUGAAAAAACAGUUCAUUGUUCCUGCACGACAAUCCCAUUGGACUGUUGUUGAGGUGAUAUUUUUUUUCUUUGUUAACGGCAAUAAUUCUGUAGUCAACUGGUAAAAUGAGAUACCUUAUCUCCAGUCUUGCUUUUGGAUAUAUAUCUGAGGAAUUACAGCAUUUUUGUAACAACCAUUCUUGGGGAAAAAAAUAGAGGUGUUUAUCAAAAAUCAAGGCUGGAGACGAGUUAAUUCAACUCAUUUCACCUCUUCACUGCUGAACUGACUUGCCUUGUGAUUUGUGGAUAUCAGUGAGUGAAGUGCGAGAUUUAUAUUUUAUUAAAUGUACACAUUUUUUCAUUUCAAGUGGUCAAAUCAGUGGUGUUGUCAUCGAAUCUGUGGUCUCAAAUAUGUUCUCCAGUAUUUUCAUUAAAAUUUUGUAUAAUUUUUAGAGCUUUUGAAUUUCUUGGUUUUAAUAGUGCAGUGAUUGUCAGCAUCUUGAAUCAAUGAUUCUAAUCUUCUUUUUAUUUCUCCAGCAAUGAAAGUCAUUCUGAUCCACUGAAAGUCUGUGUUAAGUGAGUGUUUUUAUGUGGUGAAUGGUGUUAACGUGUGAGAAAAAUAAAGUGCAAGUGCUAGUGUACCAAUUUUGGAUAUACAACGCUGGAGAAAGCUGGUUGCAGUACCGGUAAAACUGAGGAUGAGGUUUAAUAAACAGGAAUUAAUGACACUGGCUACACAGCCGUCGCAAAAGUUUGACAAGGAGGGUACAUUGUGCAUACGUGAACGUCAGGAGGGAUUCUUUCGUAGGACAGAGAGUACGGGUAAAAAAGUUGAGCGCAAAAGACAAAAAGGAAAAACCGAAAAGACUCUACGACAACUCAGUUGUGUCACAGCCGGCACAAGCAAAGUAAGCCUGGAGCGUUGGUGCAGAUUACGGGGAAAUCUCUUGUUCUAUUUCAAAUCAAAGGAACAAUGGUCCGAACCAAUGGGCGUAAUUAUCCUGGAGCAGUGUAAUUUCCGGGUUGAACAGCCUACUAAUCAGAUUCCCUAUGGAUUUAGCAUAGUAUUCGAUGGAGGUUUGUAUCAACAACUGGGCGCAAGUUCCUCCGACGAGCGAGACAGUUGGCUGCAAGCCCUCCAGUUGGCAAGUUACGAAUGCAUGAGAAACCAAUUGCUAGCCCUUCGUGAAAGAAUAGAAGCAUCCAGUGGCCACAAGAAUGGCACAGACAUCCAAAUGUUGCGCCUCCAACGUGGCAUAGUGAUAGACCCAGCCGAAGUGCCAAUAUGCGAAGUCUCCCUGUCCUGUGAUAAUCUCUUAUGCGACGGUCAUGGACGGCCCCCAAAUCCCGUCCUCGAGAUCGACGUUCAGGCAUCAAAAUCCCGAACAUGGAUAAAAUACGCGAGAACGGAGGUGAUCGAAAGAAGUAGUAAUCCAGGCUUCCUGACAACUGUAAGCUUCCGAGGGAGUGAUGGCUUAAGUACCGACACAAGGGUCCGAAUAACAGCUUACGACGUACGUGAAAGAGUUUCCCAGACAGCGACGCCCAUAGGAAGUGCAGUGGUCACCUUCUGCGCUGUUCAAGACACCCCGAGACUGAGGAUCCCCCUGAAAAGCCCAAAAUCGACUACAGUUGGCUUCCUGACGAUAAACGUUUGGAGUCUGGAAGCAGACGACAAAGGUAACAGUACGGAGAGUACCCCAUCGAGAAACCCUUCUUCCACCAAUCAGAUGUUCUGUCACAGGAGGUCCCAGUCCCUCCCACCAAGACUGGGAACCAAGAUGAAGCUCCCUCAUCAGGGGCAGUUGAAGCUCCUGUUCGCCAACACUCACGUCCAGACCUACAGGUUCCACUCGGGCCUGGGGGGUGACAUAUGCGUUCACGAAAUAAUGGCUGAGAGCAAAUUGUGCUUCCAGUUCCCCCAGCAUCUACUCGGGAUAUGGAUUCAGGAGGAGAAGGAACUCCUGCAGGAAGUCGCCGGGAUGGGGGAGCUACGUGAGCCUUGGCACACUAAGCAAGUGGAACUGCUGGAUCGACAUCUCCAUCUGCUUCAUCUGUACUCCCAAGCGAAGGAGAAUCUCUCGGGUUUCAAGGGCAGUUACUUCAAACGAUCAUCGAGAAGGAAUGACAGAACACUGGAGUUUGCACCGUUGAACUUACAUCUCCAAAGGAUGUGGGUUCACAACGACACCCUGAACAAAUGUGGUUUUUACGAUCUUAUUAGUGUCGGGGCAUUCACAGCGCAUUCCCAUAAAAGUAAGAAUGGUGGAUUGAUCAGACUGGUGCAGGCGCUGAAGGAGUCUCCAACGAGGUACAAUCAGCUGUACCAAGGCACCUCCAAGAUCACAAUGGCCCACGAUGCAAUACAAGCCAUAAAGCAACUCCGGAGAGACGUCGUCGAGGCCAUGAGAUCCCUGAUAAAAUUAGCAAAGGAGAAGCAAACAAGUGGAAUGCUCCCCAUCUGCGAGGACAUGAUAUCAAAAACGAGAAUACUUCUCAGCCUCUGGGAUCCGGGUCUCGUCGAGGAAGCCCUGACAUUCCUCGAGGAACACAAAGUGUCAAAACCACCCGAGGAAACUAAAAAUCCAAACGACGAAAGUAUGUCCUUGAAUUUCCAGUCCAAUCAGUCCCUCUCGCCUUUCAAACGAAUAACCCAACAACUGAACUUCGAUCUCAAGAGUCCGGACUUUGACGAUUUGAUAACACCGGACACUCCGGAGUGCAUACAGGACAUGUGGACAAAUGAAUCGGCGAGGACGAAGUACUCGGUGAAAAAGUCUGAGAACAAUUCCAAUGAUACUGUUGAAGAGAACUUUGUCAUAUUUCCCGAUGUCGAGGACGACUUGAAGGAAUCAAAGGAGGGGAGAAAGUUUGAUAAAGACCAGGAGGAUCCUGAUGACAAUAAUAACGAGGACGAUGAAAAGGAGGACGACCUGCGGGGAGAGAUUGACCUCAGCAAGAGAUUCCUCGAUACCCAGAAAAUGUGCAAUUCUCCAUCAGCAAAUUACUACAAACCAACGGACGAACCCGAGCCCUGGGAUCUCACUCAACUGAACAUCGAAGCCAGUGUAAUGUGCCUAGUAUCGAAAGUUAAGUUUCUCUGUGGUAGGUGUAGCAGUCCUGCGGUUCGGUUGAGAAAUAAAAAUGGUGUUGCUAGAGCACAAACUUUGAGAGGUCUCGCUGAUCGUGGGAAUGUGGUUACCAUUCAACCGAAGAAUGAUGUUAAGAAUGAUGAGUCUUGCAAGUUAUUGGAUAAUGGCAAUGGAAAGGGGAGCGAGGGGGAGACGGGAUUCGCGAAGGCUAAGGAGGUCUGCCAGGCGGUGGACAGUAUGACGAGGGUCAUUAAGAGUAAUUCCUCGGGGAGGAACAAGUUCACUGAGGGCUUGGACUUUGCGUCGAUUGUUGAUUGGACCAGUGAGCUCAGGCCCAGUAUGAAGAAGCUCAGACAGGCUAUGGAUGGGCUCUUGAAGACUGCGAGACUUACACAUUCCGUGUUUCGAGUCCAGGAGGACGCCAAGAUUGCGCAGAGGUCGUGCAAUGUCAGGUAUAGGAGAGAUGUCUGCUUCAGUCAGGCUCUGACUGCUCUGGUCACUGGAUUAAUGGCGAAAUUGUGGUGCCAGAGGCCUGAUCCACUCUUUCUACUCAUUCUGACGACUCUGGGGCCACUCGCCUCCUUCGAGGGUCUUCUUAGUUACUAUGGGGAAGAGAUUGACAUGUGGGGGGACAUGGCUGUUGCUGUGGAAGACAUGCUCACUGUUACCUUCACAUUGACCAGGUGUGGGUUGUCUCAUUCUGGGCUUGAUAAGGACGACUCGCAGAUCCCUGUGCCCAGGGUUGUCGGCUCCAGAACUGCAUUGACAGUUAUACUUCCGGUUCCUGAUGGAAUCUACUCGCUAUUGCCACUAGCACCUAGUUCUAGGCAGACUAUUUCAUUUAAUGUUACUCCGGUAUUUUUUAAUGUGGGAAUUAAUGAGUUGGCGUCAUUGGCGGAGAGCUUGGGGACUACAAAACCACAGGAGAAGAGUAAUAUGGAUAAUUUUGAGAGACUGAAUGAGUAUUACUUGAGGUUUAAGAAGCUUAAUCUACCCACGGAGAAUAGUGCCACGAGGUUAACUGGAGGCCGAUCGAAUGUGAAUCAAAGCCUCGGUGAUAUGGUGAUGAAUCUAAAGGCCAGCGUACAGGCGAAAAUAUCCAAAAACACUGAUAUCCUGCAGCUGUCCUCCCAAAUAUGCAGGCGCAUGAAGGGGCUGAGGUUUACCAGCUGCAAAAGUGCCAAAGACCGUACAGGAAUGUCGAUUACAAUCGAGCAAGUUAAUAUUCUUGCCACUGAAUAUCAUUUAUCGGAGCAUGAAUUCAUCAGAGCGUUAGACUGUAUGCGCAGCGAGGGCUGCAGACGGGAGAAUACGCUGAAGAACACGGGUAUAAAAAAAUACGCUUUCAACAGUCUACAAAUUUUGACUCUACCAAAAUUGUACAGACCACCAACAGGUACCUACGGAUCGGCACAAACUUAAAUUUCUACGAAUUUAUAAAUUAUUCUAAAUGAAUAGUCUAAUGCAAAUUAGGAACUUAACGAAGUUUUUAACUGCUAAAGUUUAAUCGGACUAAUAAGUCAAUAAUGAUUGAUUAAAUCAACUUCCAUAUGAAGAACUAUUCCUCACACAAAUAAUAGAACACAAAUAAAUAACCAGAGUGAUGACUUUGGUUUAGUGCCAUUAAUCUUUAUCGAAAUAUGUGAUUUUAAAUAAUGUAAAUAGGACAAUGUAACAAUUACGGAAAGGGUAACGUUAGUUCAUAAAUACCUCACUCUCUUUUAUUAUCGCAAAUGUAAAAUCCUCGGGUUAUUUGUAGCAUUACGUUAUUCGACGAGACAAUCCGUUGAUAAAUGCGGAUUAAAAAUGUUAUACGUUGAUGUGUAGAGAACAAAUAUAUAGAAAAACAAAUUAUUGUUUCGAAUAAAUAAACGGUUGAUGCGUCCUAGACGCAUUCAUUAUUGAAAAUUA